CGUGGUUUGUUAAUGGAAUGCGAUAGAGUUAGUCCACGGUAUGACCACAGGUAUUUCACUUGAGGAAUCAGUUAAGAUUUGCUUGGACACCAUGUAAUUGCUCCAUCGCUACAUACACGGGUAUCUGGUCUCCUUAACCAUAUAGGCAUACAUCAUCUUUUCUAAACUCACUGCAGAAAUGCCGGCUUUGAUGCAGAUAACAGCGACUCCAGUGCCACCAGCUCCAGGGUGUUACACAGGCAACCAGGCUACUCGAUGAGGUCAUAAACCAUUCCACGGAGAAAUAGGCCUACGUAAGACGUUGCUAAGAUGAGCGCCAACAACAAAAGUGAACUUCGUAGUGGCAAUCUGUCCAUAUUGUUGAAGCUUGAUGAGGAAGUUUGGAAUUCGCUACUUCCAGUCACGGUAUAUCUCGCGAUUCUUAUCGCUAUGGGCAUCGUGGGGAACAGCCUUGUUGGGAUCAUAUGGUCUACGAAAAUGAAGCGUUCAUCGACAAAUGUGUGUGUUUUGUUGUUGGCGUUUUAUGACAUACUGACGUGUAUGGUCGGCAUUCCUUUAGACAUUCACGACUUGUCCGUGUACUACACGUCUGAUAACGCCAUCAUGUGCAAAGUCUCGCGAUUUCUCAUCAAUAUUUCCGUGUACGGCUCAAUCACUGUACUUGUAUUUAUUGCCAUAUUGCGCUACGUGAAAGUCUGCAAGCCCCUCAGCACGUUUCCCUUGAAGUCUCGCGGGAUUAUCCUUAUCUCUACAGGGAUGGGGCUGGGGUUGUCAUGGCCAGUCUUACUGCUUCACGGUCUUGAAAUCCGCCCCACACCGAUACCGGGGCUAAACGGCCAGGGCUGCGGUAUUGUCCAACACCUCAUAGGAACGAUUUAUCCAAACAUAUAUUUUGCAGUGCUAGGUGUCAUCUUUGUUGGCGCAUGUAUUUUAUUGACCGUGUUGUACGCUUGUAUUGCCUGGCAUAUUUUCCGCAGAAACCAACGCCGACGGACUGGAAGUUUUGGACAGACCCAUAACAAAAAGAUCGUUGUAAAAUCAACGAAUGGUCAGAAAACGGAAUCGCGACCACUUUCCAGUCAAUCCGCACAACGGAGCUUCACCGUAACAACUAACAGUAUCAUGUUUUUCGCGAUAACACUGGCAUUUGUGCUCAGUUUUCUUCCGAGCAUGGUUAUGCUUUCGAUAAAAGCCAAACGACCUCACAUCGAGGUUACCUUGAAUGAUUGGCAGUUUGCCGCCUUCAUGUUCUGUUUUCGGACUUAUUUCAUCAACAACUGUAUUAAUCCUAUCUUGUACGGAUUCUGGAACCGUCGUUUUCGAGAAGAGUGUAUGACAUUAAUGACAAGCUUCCGAGAGGGUUGUCGAAUAGAAAGACCUGACCAUUCCACGACAGGCAAUCCGUCAGAGGAAUUGAAAUCCCCGCCACCCCCAGUAACCAGUAAAGCCAAUUUGCGUCCCCCAAGCCUUAGUAGUCUCGAACUUUCCAGCAGUGCGAAUCCAGAAAACUGCGCUGUGGAGAAAGCACCCAUCUCCAAGAGCACCUUCUACACAGAAACUCCGCUAUGUGCCAAACAAUAACUCUCCAGUACAUCUGGAGCCGAUUUCGCAGGAUCAUUUUUUAACCGAAGCCAAUACUUGAAAUCUCGAUAUAAUACGGAGUUUAUUCCCCUCUAUGGGAGAUCCACUUUUGGUAUAUUUGUCUCCGUGAAACAUUUGUAAUGUGUUUCCAGUGUUAGCCCGCAUGAUCUAAAAAUACGUCUUUAAAGGAAACAUGAAAAGUCGCUAUAGACCAAAGGGUAUGGUUUUAAGGAAUUUGAAUAAAAAUUUACCCCCAAAACGAAAUUUAUUUUUGAGGCAUAUUUUAUAUUUCUUAAUAAACCUUUCAUUUUAAGCAUAUUUUCCGUCAGUGGUCGGAAUAAUCACAAAUGACGUCAUUGAAAAACAUACCAGGAACGCGGAACCAGAUUGGCUCCCUCAAUUCGUGGUUUCCCCCCAUCAAAGUCAUACUGACAGCUAUGACCGUUGACGUCACCACAGUGGACUACUUACCUUGUGAACUGCACCCCUGACGGAUUUGAAAAAUUGUAAUUCAAAGCCAUGUUUUGCGUUCCAAAUAGGAAGCUGACAAACAUCAUAUAACACGUAUUAAGAAAUAAAAUCAUGUGUCAUUUAAAUGUCAAAUCAAUUUUUUGUGGAUUCGUGGAUUCGCGACGGACUCUCGUCAUCAUAAUUCAUACACCAUAAUCUUUUGGGGGAUCACUUGCCCCAUUCCGGCCCAUUGGUUUCAAUGUCGACCGUGCCGACAACGUGGUAGGCUUUGUGAAACACUGUAUAGUGGAUGUUAUUUCAUAUUCUUUCUUGUCAACAGCAGAUACGUGCCUCAUCAAUAAGCUUGCUAUGAGUUCAAGUCCAGCUCAUUCUGGCUUCCCCUCCGGUCGUGCGUGAGGAGAUAUGCCAGCAAUUUAUUAUGAAUUUUUUGUGAAUUUCUUGUGUAACUAGAGGUCUAUA